AUGGCCGACGAAGCAGCUCGUGCGCUCAUGCCGCUGAGCGACGUUCAAACAAUCGGAGACUAUGACUCUGCCGAUGCUUUCUUCACGGAUAGAAACCCUAUCCAUCCACCACUUCCUGCAAGGAAUGACUAUGAGAUCAAGCCUCAGAUCAUAGCAUUGGUUAGACAGAACCAAUUCAAUGGCCUUCCAGCCGAACAUCCUCUUGAUCACAUAGAAAACUUUGAAGAGAUUUGCAGCACUACUAGAUCCAAUGGAGUCUCAGCUGACUACUUGAAGUGCAAGCUCUUUUCAUUCUCUCUUGGCGACAAAGCUUCAAGAUGGUUGAAGUCUCUGCCAGCUCACUCCAUCACCACUUGGGAUGAGUACAAGGCCGCUUUCAUCAACCACUUCUACACCAAGCAAAGAUCAGUUUCUGUAGGAACAAGAUCUCCAACUUUCGCCAAGCCACUAAUGAAUCUUUCUAUGAGGCGCUAG